ACGUGAUAGAACUCCAACCGAUUCAAUAGCUACAUUCCGAGCUAAAAAAAAAAAAGAUUGGAAAAGGACCAAAAAUAAAAAUUUGUCCCCUUUCCUCCAAACGGAUCCGAAAUUGAAGCGAGAGAAAAGGGAAAAGUCGAGAAAAAAAGAAAACUGAAACGAAACCCUAACCCUAAUCCAAGAAAUUACAGGCCGCCGCCACCACAUGACGUGAAGAUCUGGUCCGAUUCACUCAUUGUUCUCCUCCCCGUGGUUCGUUCCAUGGGUUCUCGUUACGGAUCGAGGCGAUGACUGGUGGCCGAUCCAAGCGGCGGACAACAACCGGCGCCUCCGCCGCCGGAUCUGGUGCCUCAGAGACGAUACCGUCCCCUUCCUUGCCUUCUAAUGGCGGCCUGUCGAUGGCCACCCCAUUGGUGGCGCCGGGGGUGGAUCUUUACACGCAGGCGAGGAAAGCGUUAACCGAGCGCUGCCCUUUUGAUUCCGAAGAGACGGUUCCGAGAUAUGGGACGCUGCCUUUGGCACUGUCCGCAAACUUGCAUAGGAAGUCAGAUGGACGGAGGAAGCACCGCAAGGUACAAGAAGAUGCUGCUGGCAAAGCCGUCGGGCCUGGGCGGCCGCCGGCAGGCCCGACGGCUUGUUUGAGCAUGUGGGAGAAGACCGAGGCGUACUUCAGGCCCAUAACUUUGGAUGACAUCGAUCUCUUGGUUACUCGAUUACCACCAGAUUCUUGUUUCUACAUUCCUGGCUCGGAAAAUGUUCUGGAAGAGGCUGUGAAGGUUGAAGCACCAGUCCUUGAUGAGUGUCCACCGGGUGAAACGGAUGCAGUUAGCAGCUCGAAAGUUGUUGAAUCAGAGUUGGGGAGCGUUCAGGUGGAGGCGGCUCAGGCCAUGCAAAGUGACGGCGAGGUGAUUUUAAGUAGCGCACUGUCAUUGGAAGAGUCUGAGGUGGAGGACAAAAAAUCACUGAAUUGGAUUCUGGGGUGUAAGCAGAGAUUUCUUCUCACUUCAGGAAGACCUUCUAAGAAAAGGAAGCUCCUUGGUGAAGACGCAGGUUUAGAACAGCUAUUGCAACUUCCUCGUAUAGAAGCCGCAGGCGCUGCCACGCCACGCUGUGACUUUUGUUGCUUGGGAGAAAGUGACGUGAAGUCUAACCGUCUUCUUUUAUGUGAUUCUUGCAACGUUUCAGUUCACCAGAAAUGUUAUGGUGUUCAUGAGGUUCCCGCUGGUGGUUGGUUGUGCUCAUGGUGUAAUUAUUUGGAGGCAGUGGGAAGAAAAUCUCAGAGAAACGCUGAUGAUGAGUACGCUAGCAUCAGUCCCUGCAUGCUUUGCCCAAAAACCAGUGGAGCGCUGAAACCUUUAGCGGGGAACUUGGAAGGUAGCGAAGAGACAAAGUUUGUUCACUUGUUUUGUUGUCUGUGGAUACCCAGUAUGUAUGUGGAGGAUGUAGGGGUCAUGGAACCAGUAAUGAAUGUUGAAGGCUUGCAGGAUGCUCGAAGGAGACUGGUUUGCUACUUGUGUAAGGUGAAGCAUGGCACUUGUGUGCGUUGUAGCCAUGGAACUUGUCGCACAUCUGUCCACCCUGUUUGUGCCAGGGCUGCUAAUCAUCAAAUGGAGAUCUGGGGAAAGUUUGGUCUAGAUAAUGUUGAGUUGAGAGUUUUCUGUUCAAAGCAUUCCUCUCUUCAAACUAUUGAUAGCAUUGCAGGCGCUGAACAUCCAAGCACAAUUGGUAAAGAUGAUAUGGUUGGAAAGCUUUUGCCUGCAAGCAUACCCAUUAAGAGAUUGCCCAAGAUAAAAAUUACCCGUAGGAGUAAGGAUAGCAACAUGGUGCUAGAUGAAAAAAUUAAUUCAAAUUCUGAUGAGGUGAAAAAUGAUACAAACCUCGAUAAAGAAAAUUUGGUGAUAAAGCUAAGACCAGAUGGUGGAGGUGCACAGUCAAAUAAAAGGGAAGGCUUUGUGGCUCCUGAUAAUGGGAAUGUUCUUCAAAAUACAUCUGAUGUCAUCACAAAUUUCAGAAAGGUUAUUGAUUGUAGGAAAAUCAGUAUUGCUGAUGUUGCAUUAGAGCUAGGUGUGUCGUUAGCUUCCUUGGAAUCAUCUAUUAUGGCCUCGGGAAAUGCUACCAGUUUUAUAGAAUCAAAUGAUUCAAGGAAACUACUUUAUGAAGAUGGAGAUAAGCCAGAAGGAGGUGACUUAAAAGAUGUAUCAGAUUGUUCACCUCGUAUUGUGGAAGAUAGUCAAAAAUUUGAGGCUGACAUUAUUGAGCGAAAGACUGACAGCUUAGAGCAUCCAGAUUAUGAUGCGAGUUUGGCUGGAAACCUAAAUAACCAAGAUGUUGGGCCAUGUUCUAGGUCAUUUAUUCAUCCAUUCAUCCUGAAAAAGUUGAGAGAACUUCAAAAUCAUUGGGGAUUACUUCACAAACAAAAAAGCAUAAAAACUAGCUAUAAUGAUAGAUUGAAAAGCACUGAAACCAAGACUGUUGAGGGUUGUCCAUCCAUUGCAGCAAAUUUGGACCAAUUGGCAAAGGUUAAAAAUAUGCAGUUCCUGGAUAUUUCACCUACAGAUGAAAUUGAAGGAGAGUUGCUGUACUUGCAAAACUGUUUACUUGAUAGGGUUGCUUCAAUCAAGCAUUCAUGUGAAGAGUUGAUUAAUAGAAUGAUCAACCAUCUUUCUCAAGAGCUUGAUGCAUUCAGGAGAAAAAGAUGGGAUAUGGUACUUGUCAAUCAAUAUAUUUGUGAAGUUAAAGAAGCGAAGAAAAAAGGGAGGAAAGAGAGACGUCAUAAAGAAGCUCAAGCGAUUCUUGCCGCAGCAACUGCUGCUGCUGCCUCUUCGAGGAACUCUAUGCUACGUAAAGAUGCAUUUGAUGGAGUUAGUUCGAGUCAACAGCAGAAUCCUAUUUAUGGUAGUACGGCCACUAGGAGAGCAACAACAUAUUCUCCACCGGUGCCACGUCCAAAGGAAACUAUUUCAAGGUCUUUUGUUUCUAAAGUUUCAUCAGAUAAGCAUUCUGGUGACUUAAAGUUUCCAGAUUUUGCGAAGGAAAAUAUAUUGUUCUGUGAUGUUUGUUGGCGGGCUGAGACAAUAGUGAACCGUAUUUUUGUUUGUUCUAGCUGCAAGGUUGCUGUUCACUUGGAUUGCUAUCGGAGGCUUAAAGAUCCCGCUGGUCCAUGGCGAUGUGAGUUUUGCGAGGAUACUUCUUUACAGGCAAGUCCUGGGAAUCAACAAUUGGGUAGCAGUGAAAAGACUUGUUCUAGAGCCCAGUGUAGUUUAUGCAGUGGUGUUAUUGGUGCAUUCCGCAAGUCAACAAAUGGGGAAUGGGUUCAUGCCUUCUGUGCUGAGUGGUUGCUGGAAUCAACAUACAAAAGGGGCCAGCAAAAUCUGGUCGGGGGAAUGGAUGCUCUUUCGAAGGAAAAGGACAUAAAUACUUGUUGUAUAUGUCAUAACAGACUUGGUCUGUGCCUUAAGUGUAGCUAUGGACAUUGCCAGGCUAAAUUUCAUCCAACCUGUGCUAGAAGUGCUGGCUUAUUCAUGAACAUAAAAGCUAUUGGUGGCAGAUUCCAGCACAAGGCCUAUUGUGAAAAACAUAGCGUGGAACAGAGAGAAAAGGUUGAUAAUCAGCACGGUGCUGAGGAGCUUAAGAAUAUAAAGCAAGUGAGGGUUGACCUAGAGAAAGUACGCCUUCUUUGUGAGCGAAUUAUUAGAAGGGAGAAAAUAAAGAGAGAUUUGGUGGUUUGCUCACAUGGGAUACUUGCUUCAAGGAGGGAUUGUGUUGCCUUCUCAGCCAUGGUUCGUAGCUCCUUCGCACUUGGUAUUAGUUCAGAAUCUGCCACCACUUCUAUAGACAAUCCAUCCUGUAGUGGAACAUUUCAAAGGCGUGACGACAUGACCGUUGAUAGUAGUACUCUCCAUGGAAGGCAAUCUUCCAGGCUUCUGAUGGACGUUGAUAGAAAAACUGACGAUAGCUCCACAUCUCAGCUAUCUAAUAAAAGGAAGAUAGCUGAUAGGAUUGUCUUCGCUGGCAAAAAACUUCCUCAAAGACCAACUUCUCGUGCUUCAAAUGCAGCAGAUGGUCUAGAAACGAGAUCUAAAGAUAGGAAGGACAUAAAAAGUCUUCCAAAGGAAAAGGUUAUGACUUCCUAUCAAGCAUCCCUGCAGAACCUGAGACUUCCUAAAGGUUUUGUAUAUGUUCCUGUUGAUUCUCUUCAAAAGGAUGGUUCAGCAGCACAUGAUUCCGAGUCUUGUGAACGGCAAGAACCUGGUGGAUAACCUGUGUGAAACACAGUUGAUUAUUCAGAUCACUGAAUGGUUAUUCAGUUCUAGUCAUCGAGACCUGUGGCAGUUCCUGAUGUCUAGUUCAUCGAAGGUUCGUGGAUUCUUGAGCAUAUCCUGUCAAAGAAAACAGCAGAGUCGGAGUAAUGGUUUGUCCAGUUUACUAUUUAUAAUUUAGACGAUUCUGCCAUUGUUCAGAAAGUUUUGAAGCAAGAUUGUAUAGCUGAGAGAAUUGUACAGAAUAUGAGUAGAUUUCAUUAAUCCAUGGUGCAGUUUCUGCUUGGUUGAUUGCCUGUUUAAAGGGCAUAUGAAGCAACUUGGCUCCUGUAGCUGUACAAUAGGCAACAGGAGUACAGUUUUUUUUUUUUUUUUUUGGCAUUUUUGUAGGUAUGUAUGCUAGUUUAAACCAUUGAGCUAUAUGAUAUGGUUCAGUAGCAACAGAGAUGGCUACAUAGUAUCAUCACAUUGUACAUAUUACUGGUAUUUGGCUCUCAAUUAUGCACGAGUUGAACCAUACCCUCCAUUUUAAUUGCAAUUUUUUUUUUUUUGUGAGAUCA